UUCCGUUUCGGGAAUUCAAUGCAGACGCACGCGCAACGCGUUGAGUAAAUCAAAGCAGCUCCGACAACAACAACAACAACAACUUUGUGACCGUUACAAUUUGAAUGUGUUUGGCGCGCUUUCGCAGUUAAAUCAAUCGAACAGACAUUGCGCACAAUUUGCAUAGUGAAACCAAAAGGGUUUUGUUUUUAUUAUCUUAUAAUUUAUCGUUUGCCAUUUUUGGCAUUGCAUCGAACACUUUGUGUGUGCAGCUGUCUAUUGUGCGUGUGCGUGUGUGUGUGUGCGCUUUAAAUCUCUUGGCGAGUGCGCAUGCGCAGCCAGUGAAAGUGCUGCAAGCGAACUCUCUCGUCUAUGACAAACCGUUAAAAUGCAUCAUAAAUUGCAUUUGUGAAUUAGACAGCGAAAUAAUCGUGCUCAGAUUGUUAAAUUUAUCGAACGAACUGCCAGCGACUCGGCUUGAUACGAUCCCAAGAUGUUUCUAACUAUGGAUAAUACAAAUGCCUUCUUCUCAGAUAAUCCGUGCUAUUUCAAUGACGCCAAAUCGCCUCGCACGCCGGACUCGCAGUCUUCCGGCAGAGGCUUUUCGAUAUUUAAGCGCCGCAACUCGAAGGGCAGCAGUCCACGCCCCGCUCUGGUCGUCAAUCCGGAACAGAUGCGUCUCAUCACAUCGGCCAAUCUGGAUACGACGGCAACGAUGGCCUUUGGCAGUCCGCGCGGCAGCUUCAACUCGCUGGGCGGUUUCUCACAACAAUCGUUUGAAAUGCAGCCGCUGAUGUAUUGCCAGCGCUCGGCCGAAUCAUUUCGCGAACGGCUCGGCUCCUGCAAUGAGACGCACAGCUCCCAGUGCCCCGGAGGCGGUGCCGAGCAUGACGAGGUCUUUAACGCAAGCAAGUCCCAGCGGCAUCACACACUACCCAGCGGCGGCACACGUCGUCACUCCUUCGGCAACUGGGCACAGCAACAACAACAACAUCAACAACAGCAACAACAGCAGCAGCGACAAUUCAACACAUCCGGAUCUACAUGCACAUCGCCAUCGAUUGGAGCCAGCUCCCCGGAUGAGGUGCCCAGCAUGUUGGCUCCGCGACCCCCACUGCUGUCGCCCAACAAAUUUCGCGGCCCAUCCUAUCGCAGAAGAGACAACUGCGGCAACGUGAACAACACUAACGGAGCAGCCUCAACUGGCUACGGCUACGGUCAGCCGGGCUACAACAUGGACGACAUUCUGAUCAUCACUGCCAAGCACAGCGAACGCGCCUAUCUGCGCGCCACUUUCCUGAAGAACCACUUCGACAAGAUCACCAAGCAGCGCGGACGCAAACCAUUCAAUUUUCUGCACAUUAAAAUUGACGAUGGCCCCUUCAGCGAAGAGAUCGCGCAGAAAUAUCAGAAUACGGCGCUGCAGAUAGUCAUACUGUGUCCGGCGCUGCUGGCGCUGCCGCACAGUUUCCUGAUGGCGCAGCUGACGUCGGUCAUACGCGUGGAGAAGGUGCUGGCCAUAUUGCUGGACGUGGGCGAGGAUAAGGUGAAGGAGAUACACAAGACGGCGCUGCCCAACUACUACAAGUGGCGCCGCUGCGUGGUGCGCGACAACGACCAGGCGCAGAUCAGUCACAUCCUGGGCAUUGCCACGGACAUCUUGGGCCGGGCGCUGUGCCAGCGUCCGCCGUGCCAGGACAGCGGCAAUGGCAACAACAACAGCAUUUCGCGCAGCAUUUCCAGCUGCUCGGAGGGCUUCACCGUGCUGCCCAAGAAGGUCAAACAGGGCCAGAACAAGGUGCUGGCCAUAUUGUCGGAGCCACUGAAGCCAAACGAUACGCUCAAGCUGCUCGUGGAGAAGUCGGGCGAGCUGCUCGAGGUGCGCAACUUCAAGUGCCGCAAUCCGUACACUGUCCAGUUCGCCAUACCCGAAUCCUGCAUGGAGAUCUCCACAAUGAUUGAGAUACGCAUCGAGAAGAACAACAAGAGCCUGGGCGCCCGUCCCAUCAAGUGCGAGAGUCGGCUGCGUGAACUGGAGCAGCUGCUGCGCGUGGAGGACUCGCCCAUUGAGUUCAUGUGCCAUGCCCUGGGCGUGGGUCCGCUGGAGCGAGAUGCUCUCGAUCAACAUCUGCUGCAGUGCUUCCAGCGCAACAUGCCGCCCAAUUUCCAUCUGCUCAAUGGACCCAGCGAGCGCCAUCCGCACUUUUUCACACGGCUCGAGUCGAGCCCCGAGGAGUAUCCAACUCUGUUGCACUUCGCCGCCCGCUGGGGCCUCAAUCGGCUCUGCCUGCAGCUGAUGGAGUGUCCUGGCGGGGAUACGGCCUGCGGCGUGCGCAACUGCGCCGGCCGCACGCCCGCCGAGCUGGCCGAGCAGGAGGGACACCACAAGCUGGCCCAGAAUCUGGUCAGCUUCUCGGAGUUCCACAAUCUCACCAUGGUCUAUCACUACUUCAAGGGCGUGGACAAUGCCAGCAGUGGAGCCAGCAGCCCGGGCGCCCAGACCAAGCCCAACAGCGCCAAGGGCGCCCAGGUGGUGAUUGGCACAGCAACGCCAUCAUCGCCUCGGGGCAAGCCACCCAAGCAACUGCCCACGGCUGAGUACAUGGAAAUGUCCAGUGGCUCGGAGCGCGAGAACACGCCGGAGGUGCGUGCCAAGACUGAGACCAUGGCCAUAUCGAAUCUCAACUACAUCAGCGUAGAAACCGAGGAUGAGAAUCUGCAGAGCUGCUCCACGGAGAAGCAUCUGGAGACCAGCAAAGUGCUCGACCCGCCAACUGGACCCGAGCAAACCACCAACGAGCUGCGCAUCAACGAGCCGCCAUACCAUCAAUCCAAAGAGCAAAACAAAUCCCAGGAUGUGGUGGACAGCAGCGGAGCAGCCAACUAUCAGACGACAGACAAAUUCAGCCAGGAGUGCUCCCAGGCGCUGGAGAACCAGGCAACGGCCGGCAAUGACUAUGUCAUGCAGCCCUCCAACAUACCCGUGCCAGCUGCCAUGCCCGCCGACGAUGGCAACUAUCUGUUCCAGCCCUCGAAUCGGCCGGUGGAGGAGCCGCUGCUCUUGAGCCGCUCCACGAUGCGAUUGCCUCAGACGAACGGCUAUGGCACACUGAAGCGCAGCGCCAGCGACGCCUCCAGCAGCACUCGAGCCAAUGCCGACGAUGAGCUGGCCGAGAUUAUGCACGACUUCAAGAACAAUGUGCUGUCCAUCAGGGAUGUGGAGGUGCUGGUGGAGAAGUGGAAGCACCGCAACGAUGUGCAGCAGAGCUUCCGCGAGAAGCAGGAGCAAAUCGAUCAGCUGCGCCGCGAAUACGAGCGUAUACACGAGCACGUCAAGUCACAGCUGAAGCGCGAGACGCCCUUCGAACGCAUCAAGAAGCUCUUCUCCAGGCAGAAGGGCGCCGACAAGCAGGGCAGCUGCGCGGACAGCCUGCUGGACGAGACCAAGAGCUCCAUUGCGACUAGCUGCAGCCUGAAGUCCUCGGCACGGCCCAUUAGCUCGCUCAGUCUGCAGAGCGUGUCCAGCUCGAGCUCCUCCUCGGGCCGCCUCAGCACCGGCAGCAACUGCAGCGGCGCCUCGCUAGGCGACUCGGGCACCCACUCGGAUCACGAGGAUCGGCGUCAGUUUGGCUGCCGUUUGGGCACGCCCGGAUCGCUGAUGGAUAACUAUUUGGUGCCACCGCCGCCACGUCCCGUUUUCACGCCCGUCUCAACGCCCGGCGACGAGCGACACCAGAUCGUCUUCCCCUCGCCCAUGUCCAGCUGCCAGCGCCUGCACACGCCCACCAGUCCCACUGGCUCUGAGCACUACCAGAUGUUCCCAUCGAAUAUACCCGUCUAUGGCAAUGGCAGCCAGCCGCUGUCCACGUCGCAGAGCAGCAGCUAUCUUAACACCAUCAUGGAGGCCAAGGAGCAGGACACCCAGCAGCAGCAGCAGCAGCAGCACAACUACCAAAAUGGCGUCACCCUGCAGCCCAUCAAACUGAACGAGCGACCCAACAUCAUCUACGGCAAGCUGACCAAGAGCCACUCCGCCAGCGGCUGCAGCUCCUUCAAGCCGAAGCAGGUUGCCUGCCCGCAGGUGGGCAGCAUCGAGGUGCAUGCCGAGGUCUAUCAAAAUGUGGGCGGCGCAACGACGGACGAGCCCACAAGCCCCGAAGUUCCAGCCAAGGAGCAGUCGAACGAGGCGCCCAACUACAUGAACUGCUAGGCCUGGCUGUAGCAUAUAAGUCUUCAUAUGAUGCAUAUGUAGUAUAUAUAUAUAUAUCUAGCAUAGGCUUAAGUGCAUAUAUAAUUUCGAUAUUGCUGGAAUGAGUAUAAACUAGUUAAACAAGCAGAGCGCGCAUACAAUAAAUACAUUUCUCGACUACAUCUAACUCACUAAGCAAAUACAUGUUCUAAUACACACAAAUACAUUUAUACACACCCACAUGCAUAUAUACAUACAUAAUAAUGAUAUUGUAUUAUCCUUAGUUAUCGUUCUCGAUCUUUUAAAUGUACAUUAUUUUGAAACGAUUGCAAGCAACCAAAACAACAUAUCAUAGAGCAUAAGCCCAAGGUCCCGCACCGACGAAGUGCGUGUUUGUAAUUCUAGAUCUAAGUAUUCCCCCAUUAUUUGUAUUAAGCCUAGCAUGCAGCUAAGCAUGAAAAACAUAUUUUUUUCGCACAUGAGUUAAAUGCAAUAAAUUGAAUUCGUUAAGCAA